CAAAGCACGAAAAUAAAAAAAAUAAGUAUAUAUAUAUAUAUAUAUAUAUACAUACAUAUAUAUAUGUAUGUAUUCACACGAUUAUUCCCAUAUUUAUAUAUGUAUUUUAUGCAUGUCUAUAUAAAUGUUCAGGUGUCUUGGAAAUUCUCUUCGGAUUAAUCACCUUUAACAACUCUUUGCCUCGCCUCGCCUUUCUUCGGUUUUAUCAUUACCUCACCAAUGUGGGAAACUAUUCAGCGCCAAUUAACCAUAAUUGUGAUGUAAUGGUCAGCAACAGGAAAUGACGUCACUGGGAUGGAAGCUGUUUCUCUUAAUGAUGGUGUUCUCCAACAGUUGCCAUGGUCUACCCCCAGAGUGUAACCGGCAAUACAUCUUUGGAGACAUGCGAUGUGACUGGUGGAUAGGAGGCCCUCGGGACGCCUGGAUGUACGAUAAAUCUUCUCGCACCUGUCGACAAAUCCCUUUUCACACUUGUCCCUUGUAUGAAAAUCGAAUUGCAGAGGUUACCUUCAUUUCUCUCUCCCGUUGCGAAAAAAAGUGUAUCAAAUGCGAUACAAAAGUGAUCUACGCUGACAUGCGGUGCGACUCAUUCGAAGGCAAAUUCAGACAGAUAUGGUUUUAUGAUAACCGACGCAACGUAUGCCGUACUACAAUGUUUUACACCUGUUCUAAAUACUUACACAGAGUUGCAGACGUCGCGUUCAUUCGUAAAAUAGACUGUGAAAAUUACUGCCAACGAGGUUCAUUCAUGCCUUUGGUGAACAAAGAACUCUUUGCAGUUCGGAUUCACUUCUACAUAACCAUGCUGAAAAUUAUACUGGACACUACGGAAGUCAGCAUAUCUACCGGAAGUAUUGAGGAGACGGCACCCAUUACAGCUCGCUGCCAACCGUUGGUGUUUCAUCCCUGUAUAUCUUUAGGUUAUUCUCAGACAUUUUUCCCAAAUCUGUUUGGUGACGAUAACCAGACUGCUGCUCGGCAACGCUUUCGAACCGUAGUUGAACCUUUACUGGAUCGAAGAUGUUCCAAACAACUGUUGGGUUUCUAUUGCGGCCUCAUCUUUCCGAAAUGCACAGGUCGAAUUCCUGUGUUUCCUUGCAGAGAUUUGUGUGUUGAUGUAUGGAAAGGAUGCGGUGAGGAACCUACUCUAGGAUUGUGUAACCAUUUGGUGGAAGAUAAACCACAUUGUUUCCGCCCUCGACCAACAUCAGCUUGAAAUGUAAUUUCUGCUCAGCGAUCUCGUCUGCAUAAAAUAUGAAUUAUCAGAUGGUGACAAUAUUAUAGUCCAGUCUCGCCAGGAAUGAAUUUAAAAAAUGUUUAUGCAUCGAUGUCCUUUCAAAAUAAAGCAUAUGAAGUUCUGAGAAGAUGUCCAUGGUAGAAGAACGUUGAAGUGGGUGUUUUACCGCAUGUGAUUUGGCACCUAACAGUAAUGAGUUCAAGUUCCACAGAAGUCGACUUUGUUUUCAUUUCACUUUGAGAUGGAUGAGGAUCGAUAAAUUAGUACCAGGUAUAUAUGAAGUGAACAAUUUGAUCGUAUAUAUUAUAUGUAUAUUUCCAUUCCAUUGAGUACUUUUCGAUUCUUUACUGAAUGAAACGUUGGUAUGGCUUGUAAAUUUAGAUAUGGACGAAAUUUGAAUCCAGAAUACAAAGAACCAGAACAGAUAUCGAUAUUCUACCAAUUCCACUGUUUUUCCAUCUUGGAGAGGUACUUUAUUUAUCAAACUAAAAAAUAGGAAAAGCAAAGUUGACCUCAGCUGGAUUUGAACUCAGAGCGCACGCAUAGAACCAAAAUGAAUAUCCAUUCGAAGCUCAAAUAGCCCUGCCAAUUUGCAAUGCGUACGUAUGUAUGUAUGUAUGUAUGUAUGUAUGUAUGUAUGUAUGUAUGUAUGUAUGUAUGUAUGUAUGUUUGUAUGUAUGUAUGUAU